UCGAAACGGUUGUUUAUAUCGUUGGUUUGUUCGGGCUCGCGUAAUUUUAUUACACACAAAAAGAAGGACGAACUAUUUUGAUGAAUAUUGAAUAUUCGGUAUUGAUUUCAAUACUAUAACCCAACGGUGAAAUUUUAAAGUGAGUGAAUGAGUGAAUUUCGAAUUUAUUUCACGUGAGAAUUGUGUCUGCGACACAUUCCAUUCAACGUAAUUUUUCGCAUGAGUUCCAUUUGUGGCAUAGCAAAAUUAUGCAGUUUCGUUCAUUUUCUUUUUUUCGAGUUUUUUUUGCGUUUGAAAUUGUGACACAAAAUAAAGGAAUUUGUUGACUUAACUACAAUUUGGUUGUCAAACGAAAACAAAAAAAGAAAUGUUUUUUAUUUCAUCGCGAGCAUCGAAACUAUUUUAAUCGCAUGAACAAACGCAAUACAUAUAUAGCAAAAUAAUCAAUUCGGUUUUUUUUUUGUCAACAAUAAAGGACAAAAAGGAGAGAAAAAACUUCAUAAAUUAUUGCCGAAGAAAGCGAUUCGCGCAAAUCCACAAGCCGAUUGGCAAAACAUACCGAAGAAUAAACGAAAGAAAAUAUAUUAUAUUAAAUAAACGAAUGUGUAAAUCAAAUUUUUAUGGUUUUUGCAUGUGAAUCGGGCGAUUUUUAUUGGUCUUUGUUGCAUGUAAACAAAAUACCAAAAAAGCGGCUUUACCAAAAAAACAGAGGAAAAUAAUUUCCAUUCAGUAAAAAAAGAAGAAACGAUAUAAAAAAACAACUAAAAUAAUAAACGAAAAGAGCAAAACCAAAAAAUAAUAAUUUAAUGCGAUUGCUAGUGAAUUUUAUUACAAUUCGAGCGCUGAAAAAAUAGUUGAGUGAGUACUGUGCACAGAACAACGAUAGAAAAUUAGUGUUGUGUUCGGUGAAUGAUUUAAUAUUCGAAUUGAAAUCAUUGCACUAACGGUGAAGAAUUAUAAACACCAACCAAAAAAAGUUUUAUUGGCGAAAACAAAUAAUAAUAAUAAUAAUUUUUGCAAAUAAAUCAGAGUGAACUUUUUAUUUGGAUGAAUUUAAAUGGGUUACAUACAAAACAAGGAAAAAGUGUUUUGAAUAAAUAAACGAUUCAAAAAAAAAAUUGAACCAUUGUAAAGUGAAUUUAUUGAGUGUGCUUGAGAAAGAGUUCAAAAUCUCAUAAAAACUUGAUCACAACCUGUCAGUGUUAUAUUUCGACACCAGCAAUAUUGCAACAGCAUCGGUAUUUGCAGAAAUAUAUUUUCAACUGAAUACAUCUGCUGAGAACUGGAUGCGGGGUGUUAUUUAAACAUCGUACGAACGUUAGGAACAAGUAUUUCUUCCGCAAUUUUUUUUUUGUUUGCUGUUCGUUCGUGCAUGCAUUUCGAACGCUGUGCUUCAGUUCAAUCCAAUGGUUUCAAAAAUUUAUAAAGAAAUUAAAAUGACUACAACGAAUAAUUCCAACAAAAUAUUUAAUUACAUAUUAUUAAAAUAAAACACAGAGAGUCGCGAAUAAAGCGUACGGGCGAAAGAGAAAGAAAAUAAAACGACAAGAGAAAAAAAAUAACCACACGAAACGGCAGGAAAAUUUGGCCAAGAAACGACGACGAAGAAAGUAAUGCAAAAAAAAACUUAAUUUAAAUAAAAGAACCAGCACAACUUGAAAUUGCGUCAAGAGAAAAAAGCACACCAACUCAAACAAAAGCAGCACACGUAAUAAGGAGGGAAACCCAAAACAAAUAUUCAUAUAAGCCUAUGCAAAGAGAGUUGAGCGAGAACAAUUGAGUUGAGCGAGUGCUGUGGAAGAAGCAGAGAAAAAACGCAUCAAAAAACGACCAGAGGGAAAAAACAACUUCAUCAUAACUUGAAACCAAGCGAAAAACGCAAAAAUAAAAUAACCUAAUUUACCAAAUCGACGGAACGAAGAAACAAAAUUUACGAAAAAAAAACCUCCUCACUAUAAUCUCGAGAAACAAAAGAACGGUUACGCAAAGCGGUAACACCAGUUUAAAACGAACGAAUAAUAUCUGAAUGCAGGACCAUGGUAAAUGUGCAUCGAUGCCUGAAUGAGAGUGUGGCACGUAAGAAACAAUUCGGUCGCUAAAAGGAUCGCAGAACACGGAACUCAAACGAAAAAAAUUCAAAGAACGUGUACAUUAAAAAAAAAGAAGAGCGCCAGGCACGAGCACGACCAAAGUCUAGCUAGUAGUAUAUACUAGCUCAAACUGUACAACCACACUCACCACAUUGAGUGAAAGAGGGGCAGCAACAGAGUCAAGACGGACGAUAACGAGAUCAAGAGAGAGAGUGAGAGAAAAAAACCAGUGAAAAGUGCAAUUAAAAUAUGGCCACCAGCAAUAUUGUGUGCGAGUGGCUGCGAGCACUGGGUUUGGCACAAUAUGCCGAAAGUUUUCUCGAUAACGGUUAUGAUGAUUUGGAAAUAUGCAAACAGGUCGGCGAUCCAGAUUUGGAUGCAAUCGGCGUUGUUAAUCCACAGCAUCGUCACAAAUUACUGAAAAGUGUACGUCAAUUACGUGAAAAAGGUGCAGCCAGUGUUUAUUUUAUGCUCAAUAGUGAUAUAAAUGCGUUAUCGGGUAGUUCGGAAUAUUUAAGUGGACGCGACAGUCCCCAGCUGAAUGGAUUAGAUGCACUGAUCAUUGAACAAUUGAACGCAGAUGGAAUACGGCUAACAGCACAUCCAUACUCAACACCGGAUGGUCAACGAGGGCACUUGGAAGGUUUAGCAACGGUUUAUGUCGAAUUAUUAGACGCUCCAUUCAACGAAGUUCUAAGUGGUUUGGAAAAUGCACGACAAGCAGCUUGGGCCGAACAAAGCCCACAGCAUCGAUCUGGUAUGUGCCAUCAGGGUCAUCGAGGCAGUUCGUCACAAGGAAGCCUGCCAAAUAGUCAUUCGCAACCGAUCUAUGUGCCAGGGAAAUAUUCGCCGUCAAGUUGUCUGUCCGAUAAGGAAGAAGAUGAAAUUUAUGGGUUCGGUUACGGUGUAUUUGCGCCACGAGUUGGACGGCCUGUUGUAUUACAUCAACCAACAACAACAGUGAAUGUUCAUCAUCAUCCCCAAAACCAUAUUCAACCACCGCAACAGCUAUCUACUUCACAGCCGAUCGGACAACACCAGCAAAUCGUUCAUCCCCAACAGCAUUUACCACAGCAACUUCAGCAUGUACCUGCCGUUGCCUUAGUCCGCGGUCAGCCUAUUUCUAUGAGUUUCCCCCGACGAGCAAUGAGGGACGGGAAACAAAGAAAAGGACGACAUUAGCAAGGUUAUUAAAAGGCCUUAAAACUGUAAAUAGACGCGAUAGGACAAAUAAUCAAAAUACACAAACACAAGCUAGGACGGCAACCGAAAGACUGAGACAAUUUCAAAUGAAUGGAGGACCACAGCAUAGUUUCGAAGAGACAAUUCAUCGG